AAUGAACUCACUAUUUUAUAAAAAUGCAGGGGUUAUAUCCAAAUGGAGGGAAUAUUGCGCAACUGAAACAUUUCAUCCGAAUUGUCCACCGGGUUAUUACGUCUUCAUUACUUACGCUGAAUUCGGUCGAAUGAACGAUGGCCGUUGUAUAACGGGAAAUUAUGGCGUACUCGGAUGCGCAACUAACGUAGAAGCUGUGCUGAACCGAAUGUGUUCCGGUCUACAAAGAUGUCAAGUUAGGAUUCCGGAUGGGCGGUUCGAAGUGAAAAAGUCUUGUCCGAGGGAUUUACGACGGUAUUUGAACGCGUCGUAUAUUUGCGUGCCGAUCAUCGACUUGCCGGAAGAGAUUUGCCAUUCGCAUGGUCCGUUCGAGCUUCGGAACGAUACCGGCUUUGUUGCAAGCAGGUCAAUUCGACAUCUUUCCUGCUCUCCGUUAUCUUUCACUAUUCAUGGAGAGCCAGGGAGGCAAGUGGCCGUAAGUUUGUUCGAUUGGACACUAAGCACGACCAACUAUCGAUGCCAAUCAAUCGGACUCGUAUCGGAUUCGCGUCGAAAUGUCUCGUUGUGUGCUGGACGCUCGGGUCUAAUUUUCAACUCAACUUCAGAGAAAGUAAAGGUUACUUUAACAAGCGGACAAGGGGAUUUCUUAUUAAAGUAUACAAUUACUGGAUGUCGGGAUCCAGUUAUGCCCUCAGGAAAAUCAUGGUUAAGGCGUCAAGGUGAUGAUGCGCUGCUAGGCUGUAAUGCAACGAAACGCAAUUGGAAGCUCACAUGUGUCCACGGUAGAUGGCGUGGUAAGAAAGCAUAUUCUUGCCCUGAAGAACGAAGUGGCGACGAAGACGAACGCGUAGGCAUUGAUAACUGGAAUGAAAUGUCAUUACCGCAAGGUGUCUCUGUCGCGAUAAUCAUAGGUACUGCUUUAGUAGUCGGCGUUAUCAUUCUAGUCAUCGGUUUAAUGUGUCUCGAAAGGCUUCGGAAAGCAUCAAAUUCAACAGCAUCUGAGCCAGAUAUUUAUUUACAUGCUCUUAUGCCACCAGGAGGCGGAAAUACUAUAGAAGAUAAUAAGCCUGACGUGACGGCUUAUUAUGAAAGGACAGCAACAAUAAAUAAGAAACCAAGAGGAGAUUUAAAUGUUCAUGAAUUAUAUGGUUGCGUCCACGACGAUGUUGAUUUGCAAUCCCUGAAGAUGGCAAGGAAAAGAAAUGACACUGAUGAGAAUAAUGUUCGAUUUUUGACAUUACCCGUUAGGAGCAUUCUGUGUAAGAAUACUAAUAUUCAGCAAGCGUCAGCUCAAAAAUUGCUAGACGCUAGUCAAUUAGCUAAUCUUCCCGAUUCGGCUUUCUCUUGA